CACCCUCCCCUCCCACUCCAACCAUCUCCCCUUGCCUUCUCUUCCCCCUCCCUCUCUCCGACCAGCGAGCGCAGCCAAAACGCCUCGUCUCCUCGCCGCCGCGCCACCCUCUAUUAAUUCUCCUCCUGCACGUCCCCUGCUCCGCACAUCGCAUCGCAAGCUCCUGCUCUCCUCCUUCCCGCGCCACCGUAGCAUCUUCUUGCGGCGCGCCCUUCGUUUCUUCAAGUUCUUGCGCCGAGGCAGAGCAGAGCCGAGCCAGGCGCCGGGGAGAGCAGCAGCCGAGGAAGAGCCGGCGUUCCAGUGCCGCGGCCAGCCAUGUCCGUGCGCGUGGCGUCGGUGCCGGCGGGGAGGGCGGCGGGCGUGGCGCCGUGGCCGUACCUGGAGUACAUGGCGCGUUGGGAGCGGCAGGUGGAGCGGCGGCAGCUCUUCCUCCGGAGCUACCACUUCUCCCGCGACGCCGACGUCCCGCGCUCGCCGCGCGCGCGCGCCAGGCGCGUGGUCUGGGCGGGGCUCAGGCGCCUGCGCCGCGCCGCGGCCACGGGGCUCCGCCGCCUCCGCGCGCGCCUCCGCCUCUGCUUCGGCUGGGCCACGCGCCGCCGGACACGCCGCUCCAGCAACUUCCGCUACGGCCGCCUCUCCGGCGCCGGCAAGGCCAGGACGGCGGCCGCGUCCGUCUGCUUCUGGUAGUGCGCCGGCGGGGCAGAGGCAGAGGCAGGGCAGGAUCGAGGUAGAAGCAUUCUUUGCUUCGCUAGGUUGGCGUGUCAACCGAGAGAAGAAGCUUACUUACUCCUAGACAAGGAUUAGCCGCUGCAUGUUAACUUCUAUUCGAUGGAGUGCUUGCUGUUAAUUAGCAGUAGUGCCUAAUUAGAGAGGAUAAAGAGUGUUAAUUAAGGGUGUUCAUUUUUUUGUGUUCGUUUUUUUUUCCUUUCAUUUUUCAUCGCCACUCGCUCCUUGUCCAAAAUAUAUUCUCCUGUCCACUUCUCUUUCUCCAUCAAUGAAUUGUGUAUUUUGCUCAAAUAAGUUUCUCUGCAUGUGUUCUUCUGUC